ACAAAAUGGCGUCAAAACACUAAAUAAGUUGCCAAUGGAAGUAACUGAUAUUUUUUAAUUCGACUUUGAACAAUGUCAGUAAGGGAAGUAGAUAGUGCACGCACUUUUGAUCUUAGUUUGUACACAUCAUUGACGGCAAGUCGAGCGAAGGAUUUCGAGCUUGGCGAAGGAGAUAUCAGUGCAAAAAGUGAAGACCUUAAUCCACCGUUGCCAUCGGAUUUUGUCAGUUUCUCCUUGCCUCCGUUGCAGGAGGCUGCUGAAAGAGGUGAUUCAGAUACUGUAUCCCGACUGCUUUUAGAUAAAAAUAUUAAUGUGAACGAGAAAGCUGGAGGCCAUCGAGCUCAGAGGACCGCUUUGCAUCGCUCCGCCGGGUAUGGGCAUUUGACGGUUGUUAGACAGCUUCUAAAGGCAGGUGCAGAUCCUAUCAAAGGUAGCAAUGUGCAAAGGACCCCACUCCAUGAGGCGUGCAUUGGUGGUCACACUCUUGUGGUGAAAGAACUUCUGAAGCAUAUGACAGAUAUCAAUGUUGUUGAUUCCAAUGGACAAACAAGUGCUCAUCUGGCAGCAUAUCACGGUGAAAGUGAAUGUCUGGAAAUCUUAAUCACGAAUGGUAGUAACAUGGUGUUAGAGGAUAAACAGGGACGUACUCCAGCUCACUUGGCAGCAAUGAAAAAUCAUAGAGCUGCAUUGAGGUGUCUAAUAGAAAGUGAUGUUGAGGUAACCUGUGUUGAUGAUCAAGGACGCACACCAGCUCACUAUGCAGCAAGUGCUGGAGGCUUGGAAGCUUUGAAAACUCUUGCACACAGUGACAUUGAUGUAAAUUCUAGAGACACAGCAGGAUGUGUUCCAGCACAUUAUGCUGCAGCACAUAAUAACUGCCCCUGUUUGGUAUUUCUGUUGGGUUCAGGGCUGGCAAAAAUAGAUGUUAGAGACAGAUCUGGAAAAUCUUUGCUUCAUGUGGCUGCACAAAAUGGUGCUACAGAAUGUGUUAACUGGCUCCUGGAACACAGAAUUAAUCCCAACAUCAGAGAUGGUUCUGGUGCAACACCAGCCCAUUUAGCCGCAUUAGGAGCUCACUUACAGAGCGUGAGCUGCCUCAUUAAACAUGGUGCAGACAUGAAUGCACAGGAUGGCAGUGGUGAUGUACCACUUGAUUAUGCCAAGAGGACUGGAAAUCCUAAUUCAUUUCUUAGAGCAGUGAACGGAGAAACUCCUUGUAAGUUUUGCACUUCCAAGCAGAAGAAAAUUGAGUAUGAUUUGGCACACCAGCCAACAUCAGUGGAAAGAAAUAUCAUUAAACAAGAGUCGGAAAUAUUUGUCUCACCAGAGGGAUCUGAGGAAAGGGUCCAUCAAGUGUGUUCGUCUCAUUCUUCAAAACGACCUUUGUCCAAAUCAAGGGGAAUUCAACAAACUCUUCCAAAACGAGACCUGGCAACCAAAUACUUUGGAGAACAUUUGUUCUCUCUUCCAGCCAGCAUUACUGGCUCAGAUUCAGCUUUGAGUACAAGCAAAACUCAGGCGGCUCGCAGGAAAAGAUAACCUUGAUGGUGAAAAAAAAUCUCUGAUUAUGUAAAUAACCUACAUGUACCUUUCCUUGCGUCUUUUUAUUUUCAAAGAAAUAAUAAAAAUAUUUAAACACCAUGCA